AAGAAUUUUCUUUUCUUUUCUGAACACGAUGCCACCGAGAGCUAAGAAGCGUAGAAUGGCUCAACCAGCAGCGACUGCCACACAGCAGCCAAGUGGUAGUCAGGCUACGGUGUCUGUGAAUUCCCAGACGUACUCGUCGACGGCGUCGGCAGGAUGUCCAGUACAUGUACCAAUACCACCGACCCAGGCUCCAUCAACUUCCGUUGUGGCGGAAGCGCAACCCAUGUUGACGACAAGUGCAGGGCCAUCCUUUGCACCGACCACCUCUGGAGCAACAAUCUCAACUCCAACAGAUGUUGGUACCACCCCUGCUCCUGUCCCAUCAAUACAUAUGAUUGGUAUGAAUGUUUCUAGCACAGUCAAACAACGUAUUAUUAGUGGGCAGUAUAUUGAUUUGGCCACAUUGGUAACACCAAAAUCAGGGUCUGAUGAAAAGAAAUUAGUUAUGAAUAGUAUGGGUGAGAUAAUUUAUAAAGAUGCCAACCCAAAAAAGGUAGAAAAUAUUGAGCAAUGGACUGACCUUAUGCUCAUAUUUGCAAGUGUGUACUUGAGUGCACAUCCCGCCAAGACUCUUGACCUACUUAAGUACAUACAGACCGUAAGAAUGGGUUUUAGCAGGGGGGCUAUAUCUUGGAAAGAAUAUGAUACGCAGUUUAGGCUGCGCAAAGAGCAAAAUCCUGUGUCUUCUUGGGGUGAAAUUGACUCGGAAUUAUGGUUGAUGUAUAUGCAUUCUGGGCCCGCUUAUAACGUAACAAAUGCACCCAAAACCAAUAAUGAUAAAUGCUUCAAUUUCAAUUACAAGGGAUCUUGUGACAAAUUCCCAUGCAUGUAUAAACACAGUUGUAUUCGAUGUGGUAGUAACCAUCCACAGAUACAUUGCCUUACACAAGCCUCAAACACUGAGUCCGCACAAAUAUUUCGCCAACAAAAUUCAAGUGGUCAAUUCUAUGGACAGUCAAGUUUUCGUCCACAAACCACCAAUGCAAAUACCAACUAUAAGGGGUAUUCAACCAAUGCAAAUACCAAUUAUAGGGGGUAUUCCAGCAGCAACACCCAGCGCCCCACCUACUCAAGACCAAGAUUCCGCACCCCGCAAUCUAUGGCGUCUAGGUUCAACGCCUAUUAA